CCGGGCGCGAAGUAAACAAGGCGGUGAAACGCCGUCGAGAGGCGUUUGGGAGGGAGACGCUCGCGGCGGCCUGGUUGAGAGAAACGCGGGCCUCCAUCCCCCACUCCAUGGGACGCGGGAAGAGGAGGAGGCAGCUGAGGCCGCGACGUCCGGGCCCGGGUUAAGGCCGUCGCUUGGGGGAUGAGGAGGGGGGGCGUUGCCAUGGCGACUAGGCAAAGGGGCUGCGGCGCUCGAGGCCUUUCCAAGGGUCGCCGUCGCCGAGGCUACCCGGGCAGCAUGAAGCGGGAGGCGGUAGCAGAGCCAACGGGCGAACCCGAAGACGAAAGCCAACGACGGGAUCUUCCCGGCCCGGAUUGGGCUUCCCUGCUGCCGGAGGUGCUGCUUCGCGUCUUCCAGCACCUGCCGUUGCUGGACCGCGCGCGGGCCUCGCAGGUCUGCCGGGGCUGGCAACGGGUUUUCCACCUGCCGGAACUGUGGCGCCGCUUCGAGUUCGAGCUGGGCCAACCCGGAGCCAGAGCCACCCACCCGGAGCUCAUCAAGCAGAUCCUCAAGCGGCACGCCGGGCACCUGCAGUACGUCAGCUUCAAGGUGGAUAGCAGCAAGGAAUCGGCUGAGGCUGCCUGUGAUAUUUUAUCCCAGCUUGUCAAUUGUUCUUUAAAGACCCUCGGACUGAUUUCCACUGCUCGACCGAGUUUCAUGGAUUUACCAAAGUCACACUUCGUUUCAGCCCUAACUGUGGUAUUUGUAAACUCCAAAUCCCUUUCUUCACUCAAGAUAGACGAUACGCCAGUAGAUGAUCCAUCUCUCAAGGUGUUGGUGGCUAACAACAGUGAUACCCUAAAACUCUUAAAAAUGAGCAGUUGUCCCCAUGUUUCUCCAGCAGGAAUCCUUUGUGUAGCUGACCAGUGCCACGGCUUACGAGAGCUGGCCUUGAACUACCACUUGUUAAGCGACGAGCUCCUUCUCGCUCUAUCAUCUGAAAAACAUGUCCGAUUGGAACAUUUGCGCAUUGAUGUCGUCAGUGAGAACCCAGGACAAACGCAGUUCCACACUCUGGAGAAAAGCAGUUGGGACGCUUUCAUCAGACAUUCCCCUAAAGUGAAUUUGGUUAUGUACUUUUUCUUGUACGAAGAAGAAUUUGAUCCAUUUUUCCGAUACGAAACUCCGGUCACCCAUCUUUAUUUUGGGAGAUCGGUCAGCAAAGAGGUCCUUGGACGAGUCGGAAUGACAUGUCCGCGACUGGUUGAACUGGUGGUGUGCGCCAACGGACUACGGCCCCUGGAUGAAGAGUUGAUCCGGAUUGCCGAGCGUUGUAAGAAUCUGUCGGCCAUUGGCCUCGGAGAAUGUGAGGUUUCCUGCAGUGCCUUUGUUGAGUUUGUGAAAAUGUGUGGCGGCCGCUUGUCUCAGCUGUCGAUAAUGGAAGAGGUCUUGAUCCCUGACCAGAAGUAUAGCUUGGAACAGAUUCAUUGGGAAGUGUCCAAGCAUCUUGGAAGAGUUUGGUUUCCAGACAUGAUGCCCACCUGGUAGAGCUAUUGGGGGCAAGCCCAUAGCUUGGGCCAGCCUGGUGGAAGCUUCAUCAUAAUAAGCUUCUUCGUGAUCUUGAGAUGUUGAGUCUCUAGAAAGAGUGCAGAGAAGAGCAACAAAGAUAAUUAGGAAACUGGAGGCUAAAGCAUAUGAAGAACGGUUGCAGGAACUGAGUAUGUCUAGUUUAAUGAAAAGAAGAAUUAGGGGAGAUAUGAUAGCAGUCUUCCAAUAUCUCCGGGGCUGCCACAAAGAAGAGGGAGUCAAGCUAUUCUAGUAGUACAAGAAGCAGUGGGUGGAAACUAAUCAAGGAGAGAAGCAACUUAGAACUAAGGAGAAAUUUCCUGACAGAACAAUUAAUCAGUGGAACAACUUGCCUCCAGAAGUUGUAAAUGUUCCAAUACUGGAAGUUUUUAAGAAUAUGUUGAAUAACCAUUUGUCUGAAGUGGUGUAGGGUUUCCUGCCUAAGCAGGGGGUUGGACUAGAAGACCUCCAAGGUCUCUUCCAACUGUUAUUCUAAAUUCUAAAUCUUAGGAUCUCUCAAGCACUAUAAAAAAUCAGUCUAGUCCUUAGUGCUGGUUUCUAAAAUCUGGGUUAAAAAAGUGACCAGGGAGGAACAAAAUGUUUUCACGUGACUUUUUUUAUCACUGGCUAUUUUUUGUCCCAACAUGACGGAUGCCAAUGUAUGUAGACAUUGACAUGUGUUUACAUAUUAAGAGGCUGCAGUUCCAAAUCUGAUAAAUUACAGUAUUUUAGCCUGGAAAUAUUACUGCAAUUGACUUUGUAAAGAGCAUAUAUCACUUCAAUGACGUAAUCUGGGAAACUGCAUUAACCCAGGUUUUAUAACAAUGAAUUGCUUCAAGUUCAAAUGUAUAAUUCCAAAUCCCAAAUCAUAACUGUGGGUCGUUUGGUGUUUCUGUAAUGUUAUAUAGACCCGUGGGACACAGUAGCUGGGGUAUAUUUGUGUGUGAAAAAUGUAAGUAUCUGCUGCUUAUUAAACUUCUCCAGAAAA